AUUAAAACUUAAACUUUUGCAAGCGCAGCAUCUCGUGGAACCAGCCAUAACAGCGUUUGUAUUUUUUUUUUUUUUUUUUGCUCAUUUGAUCCCAAAAAGGCAAACUUUAACGAGGAAGAAGCGAAAAAAAGUGUUCCUUUUCGACACCCAGAUUUCAGUUUCAGUGAUUGUGGGACUUGGAAAGGUUAUUUGGAGCCUCAACAAAGGGAUUGGUGCUGUUGAUAAGAUUUCCUGAAAUGUAUAGGCCUGUGGCCUCUUCAGAUUCAGCCACGCCCCGUGGCGGAUUGCCAAAUGAUAGUGGGGACUCUGUGGUGACUUUGGAUCAAGUUCCAAGGUGGAUUGAUGCUGAGCAUUCCCUAGGGAAUGACAAUGGAGACUCAUCAUUUUCUAGUUCAUACUUCCCUGACCCUUUGACGUUCAAGUUGGGAUUGGAGGGCGGUGGCGGUGGUUCAGUGUCGAGGUUUCCUGUUGACCAUGAAGUUAAUUCGAAGAUAUACUUGUGGAGGGGGAACCCCUGGAACCUUGAGGUGGAUGCUGUGGUAAAUUCAACAAAUGAGAUCUUGGACGAAGCACACAGCAGCCCUGGGUUGCAUGCUGCAGCUGGACCUGGUCUUGCAGAAGAAUGUGCAACUUUGGGUGGAUGUAGAACAGGGAUGGCCAAAGUUACCAAUGCCUAUGACCUUCCUGCAAGGAAAGUUAUCCAUACUGUUGGCCCAAAGUAUGCUGUGAAGUACCACACUGCUGCAGAAAAUGCGUUAAGCCAUUGCUAUCGUUCUUGCUUAGAACUCUUAAUUGAGAAUGGGCUUAAAAGCAUUGCUAUGGGCUGUAUUUAUACCGAGACAAAGAAGUUCUGUUUAAUUUCAGAGGUAUUUAUGUUUUUCAGCUAUCGCGGAGGGGUAGACAGUGAGGGUCGUCCAGUCAUGGUGGUUGUGGGGGCUCACUUUUUGCUUAGAUGUCUUGAUCUGGAGCGAUUUGUGCUUUACGUGGUGAAGGAGUUUGAGCCUAUAAUACAGAAGCCUUAUACUAUUGUAUACUUUCACUCUGCUGCAUCUCUGCAAGUGCAACCGGACCUAGGUUGGAUGAGAAGAUUGCAACAAAUACUUGGAAGGAAGCACCAGCACAAUCUACAUGCAAUAUAUGUCCUUCACCCAACUCUUGGACUAAAAUUGACUGUACUCGCGCUUCAGUUGCUUGUCGACAAUUUGGUUUGGAAGAAAGUGGUAUACGUUGAUAGAUUACUACAGCUCUUCAGAUAUGUACCCCGCGAACAGUUGACCAUCCCAGAUUUCGUCUUUCAGCAUGACUUAGAAGUGAAUGGAGGAAAGGGUCUCAUUGUGGAUCCCAGAACAAAGUAUGUUUAUCACCGACCAUGACAUGAACAUGCCAACUGCAGUUCUAUCAUCAGCUGAUAUAAGAACAUCACUGUAGUUUCUUCAUUAUUUGCCUAGUCCAUUAUUCUCUCUAGUAAGUGGAAGAGGGUCUAUUUGUGUAUGGAAAGAAUUCAUUUUUGACUUUGUUUUUAUUUUAAAUUUUGAAUAAUUGAUAAGUUUCUCUGUAAGUAAAAUAGUAUGAUGUUAUAUUUUUUUCCUCUGUAGUUUGAUGAGUUGUGAAUAUAGUUCAAGGUGAUUUUGAUCUCAGUUGAAGCUGGAUUGUUGUGCAA